AUGAGGAGGCCUUUGCUCGCAUCCAGGCUGCAACGGGGAUUUGUGACAUUGAUCAACUGGUGCAAAACUUCAUCGAUGCCGAGGACACCAACUUCUCCUUGUUCAAGUAUAACAACGAACUCAGCGCAGAGAUCGAGAAGUUGGAAACGCAGAUCGCAGAGUACAAGGAAGAGUGCGCCUCGAGGAUGGAGAGUGUUUGGUGCAAAAAAACGGAGGUGUCGGAGGUGUUUGUUUUUUUUUUGGGUGAAACAUGGUGAAACGGCCAAAGUAUAUACUGUAAUGAAAAAUAUACUGAUUUUAGGGAUGUGA